GGAAGCCACUUCCCACAUGUGCUCCUCUGGUUUCCUCAUUGGUGUUCGGGAAGAGGAGGUCGGUUCCUCCCAGUGAGCUGGGUGCUAUGACACAUUAGACUUUUACGCGAGAAAAUAAAUCCCGCACAGUUGAUGUACUGCUUUAGACUUAAAGACCUCUUGGGACCUGAAAUAGUAAGAUUCUCAGGGAAAGAAGAUGCCAGCCAAGCAUUUUGUAUCCAGUGAAACUGACUUUCAAGUGAAAAAAGCCAGGGAAUCUUCAGCUUUUUCUGAAAGAUCUAUCAGAGUUUGAGCUUCAGGUAGCCUAAUGACCAGAGGGACAUCGACAGAAGGACUGAAUUCUAUAAACCUGAAGAGUAAGCUUUAAAAAAAAUCGUCAGAGGAAAGGAAUUUGUAGAAAUAAAACUGGAAACAUCGAGAAUCUUGAUGGUGUGCCAAACCAGAUGUCAACUGGAGCUCGACCAAAACCUAAAGUGCUCUCUGGCAAACGAAGCAAAGAGAGAGCAGAAAUCGAGGCGAAGGAAGCAUGCGACUGGCUCCGUGCUGCUGGGUUCCCACAAUACGCUCAGUUGUAUGAGGAUUCCCAAUUUCCCAUCAACAUUGUGGCUGUCAAGAAUGAUCAUGAGUUUCUUGAAAAGGACCUUGUAGAACCUCUUUACAGACGACUGCAUACAUUGAACAAGUGUGCCUCAAUGAAACUUGAUGUGAACUUCCAAAGGAAAAAGGGUGACGACUCAGAUGAGGAAGAUCUCUGCAUCAGCAACAAAUGGACUUUCCAAAGAACCAGCCGCCGGUGGUCUCGCGUGGACGACCUGCACACACUGUUCCCCGGAGGAGACAGGAAUGGGUCAUCGGGAGACAUUAGGAUGAGGAACACCACCAGCAGUGAAAGUGUCCUCACAGACCUGAGCGAGCCCGAGGUCUGCUCCAUUCACAGUGAGAGCAGCGGAGGGAGUGACGGUCGCGGCCAGCCGGGCAGCCACAGCGCGGGCCGCGAGCCGUUCGACUGCCCCGGCCAGUCCUGCCCCGACAGCCCAGUCAUGCUGGACGCCACGUUCGUCAGCGGCAGCCUCCCACAGUCCCCCAAAGACGUUCUCAGCUACCCCCUCCACCCAAAGAAUGAGAAAGCCACCAGGACCAGAGCCAAAUCAUUUUUGAAACGUAUGGAGACACUCCGAGGGAAGGGAGUGCACGGAAGGCACAAGGGGCCGGGGCGGACCGGGGGCUUGGUGAUCAGCGGGCCCGUGCUGCAACAGGAGCCAGAGGCCUUCAAGGCCAUGCAGUGCGUCCCCAUCCCGAACGGGGAUCUCCAGAGCUCGCCCCCCGCUGCCUGCACCAGAGGGCUCCUGAGCUCCGGCAAAUGGAGCGGGGAAAGCAGCCAGUCGUUAAACAGCGGUAGCGGGGUGAGCACGCCCGGCCCCAAGGAACGGAAAAGCCAGGAGGCCAACAAGCGCGGGGGCAUGUACUUGGAAGACCUGGAUGUGCUGGCCGGGACGGCACUGCGGGACACAGGCGACCAGAACCACGCACACGAGUUCCAUUCCCAGGAGAACUUGGUAGUACAUAUUCCCAAGGAUCACAAACCAGGAACGUUCCCCAAGGCACUCUCUAUUGAGAGCCUCUCGCCCACAGACGGUAGCAAUGGGGUUAACUGGAGGACCGGUAGCAUCUCCCUGGGCAGACAGCAGGGCCCUGGUGCCGGGGAGCCCAGACUCAUGGCGUCCUGCCACAGAGCAAGUAGAGUCAGUAUCUACGACAACGUCCCGGGCUCCCAUUUGUACGCCAGCACGGGAGACCUUUUGGACUUGGAGAAAGAUGACCUCUUCCCUCAUUUAGAUGACAUCUUGCACCACGUCAAUGGGCUCCAGGAGGUAGUGGAUGACUGGUCAAAGAACGUCUUGCCUGAGCUGCAAACACACGACGCACUGGUUGGAGAAUCUGGAUUAUGCCCCUUUCCAUCGCCUAAUCAGAUCACCUUAGAUUUCGAAGGCAACUCAGUCUCUGAAGGUCGGACAACACCCAGCGAUGUGGACAGAGCAUCUCUUAAUGAGUCGGAGGCCACUGGGGUCAGGGAAAGGAGGGAUUCUGGUGUAGGGGCCUCUCUGACCAGGCCAAACAGGCGACUCCGAUGGAAUAGUUUCCAGCUCUCGCACCAGCCUCAGCCGUCCACGGCACCCCACAUCAGCAACCAGACAGCCGGCCAGCUGAACCUGCUCCAGCGUUUCUCACUGCUUCGCCUCACAGCCAUCAUGGAGAAGUACUCCCUGUCCAAUAAACACGGCUGGACGUGCCUCUCCCCACAGGCUGCCCCAAGAGGCUCGCAUGACCUGGUUUCUGUGAAUUCUAGGUCAGUUCCAAAGUUCAUGAAGAGGAUGAAAGUUCCUGAUUACAAAGACAAGACUGUCUUUGGUGUUCCCCUCAUAGUUCACGUGCAGAGAACGGGACAGCCCCUGCCUCAGAGUAUUCAGCAAGCACUCAGAUACCUGCGUAGCAACUGCCUCGAUCAGGUGGGUCUUUUUCGAAAAUCGGGCGUGAAAUCUCGAAUCCAUGCAUUACGUCAGAUGAACGAGAGCUUCCCUGAGAAUGUCAGCUAUGAGGACCAAUCUGCUUAUGAUGUGGCGGAUAUGGUAAAACAGUUCUUCCGGGACCUCCCGGAGCCUCUUUUCACCAACAAGCUCAGCGAGACUUUCCUCCACAUCUAUCAGUAUGUCCCCAAGGAGCAGCGGCUGCAAGCAGUGCAGGCGGCCGUCCUGUUGCUGGCCGACGAAAGCAGGGAGGUCCUGCAGACGCUGCUGUGCUUCCUGAGUGACGUGGUCAACUCGGUGGAAGAGAAUCAGAUGACACCCAUGAACCUGGCUGUGUGUCUGGCCCCCUCCCUCUUUCAUCUUAAUUUACUGAAGAAAGAAAGCUCCCCCAGAGUCAUACAGAAGAAAUAUGCCACCGGGAAGCCAGAUCAAAAGGACCUCAGUGAGAACCUGGCCGCGGCUCAGGGGCUUGCCCACAUGAUCACAGAAUGCGACAGACUGUUCGAGGUCCCACAUGAGUUGGUAGCCCAGUCCCAUAACUCAUACGUGGAGGCUGAGAUCCACGCUCCGACUCUAGAAGACCUGGGGUCCCAGCUGGAGGAGAGCGGAGCAACUUUCCAUAUGUACCUGGAACAUCUCGUCCAGGGGCUCCAGAAAGAAGCCAAGGAGAAGUUCAAAGGCUGGGUCACGUGCUCCAGCACAGACAAUACAGAUCUUGCUUUCAAAAAGGUGGGGGACGGGCAUCCGCUGAAGCUAUGGAAGGCCUCUGCGGAGGUCGAAGCGCCCCCCUCGGUGGUUCUGAAUCGUGUGCUGAGAGAGCGUCACCUGUGGGAUGAGGAUUUUGUGCAGUGGAAGGUUGUGGAAACUCUGGACAAGCAAACAGAAAUCUAUCAGUACGUGCUGAACAGCAUGGCCCCCCAUCCUUCCAGGGACUUCGUGGUUCUCAGGACCUGGAAGACAGACCUGCCCAAAGGAACAUGUACCCUGGUGUCCCUCUCCGUGGAGCACGAGGAAGCCCAGCUCAUGGGCGGCGUGCGGGCCGUGGUGAUGGAUUCUCAGUACUUGAUAGAACCUUGUGGCUCUGGCAAAUCGAGACUGACCCACAUCUGCAGGAUAGACCUGAAAGGUCACUCCCCAGAGUGGUACAGUAAAGGCUUUGGACAUCUGUGUGCAGCAGAAGUUGCCAGGAUUAGAAACUCUUUUCAGCCCCUCAUUGCUGAGGGUCCAGAAACUAAAAUCUGAGUUUUCCCCAGUGCAACAUCAAACUCAGGGAAGAGGAAGUGAACGGAAACACUUGUGGGAGAGGCUGCUCGUGAGAAAGCGAGAGAGAGAGAGAGAGAGAGAGAGAGAGACGUGGUUAAUGCUGAAAAAUGGAAACACUGAGAAGUCGGAAUGUUGAAGAGGCAAGUAUUGCUGAGAACUUUCCUAGCCUUCCUGGAGACGGCUACAUCCCUACUAAUAUAAUAUUUUUAAAAAUCGGAACAUUUAUCUAUGUUACUUAAAAUUAAAUGGAUUAUUUCUUGUGCAUUGCCUAAUUUGCUAUUUAAAGGCUUCUAAGAAGCAUACUCUUAACUGUAAAUAAAUGUAUGUAUAGCAUAUGUACAUAUGUGUGUAUAUCUCUGUCUUCACUGUAUAUAUGCACAGUAUCAAUUUUAUAUAUAAUUGCGUCUUUUGAAAAGGAAUGCAUCUGACUCAGUGAGUCCCUUCCUCACUCACGUGGUUCUUUCCGAGUUGCUCUGGGCCCAGCCCCCCACUGUCCUGCUGCUAACACCCAGGUAUGAAAAUGUGUAGUCUGUCGGUCUGCCCCGAUGUCUAACCAAAGAUUAGCUAACCAAAGGAAAACAACAUUGAAAGUUGUUAUGUGUUGUCAGUUUGCUUGCGUCCUUCAAAAACUGAGCUUGGAGUGCUGGAGAAUGCUGGGAAAAGAAUACUUACUCCUCUUAAAAGCACAGAAGUAGAGUAGAAGCCAUGACCAAGUAUAAGGCUAGGUUGCCAGUAGCCAGUAGACCCAGCCGGAUGCAGUUUGGUGAAAUGUCAGAUGCCCACGGGCCACUGGAGUCAGGGCAAGUGACUGCAAGAACUUCAUUGCCCUGCUGGUUAGAGCCAAAUAUAAUAGCCUUUGCAUAGUCAAAGCCCAAGGGAGCCUCUGUGUUUUAUCGAGUUUUCAUAGAUACAUUUUAUCAUGUUCCUAAAUGUCAUUCUGUAUGACCAGUGGCCUUUUUGGUCACAGUUAAUCAGCAUUUUCUUACCGAUACAUUGCACUGAAUUUAACUCUGGACACCAGACGGGGGAGGCGAUGGUCAGUUGAGAGUCCUGGACCAUUACAGCUUCAGGGAAUUCUUAUUUUGCCAUGGAGGAUGUUCUUAAGAUAUAAUUCGUUAAACUUUUGCAAUUUAAAAGACAGGGUUUUAAACUAACAAUAAGACCAAAACUGUACUCUGCGAAAAUAGAACUCUUAGAAAAUAUAAACAGGUUUCUCAAUUUCAUAUUUCUUCAUUAGCCAGUCAAGCUACCUACACGUUUGACCCAAACUUAUUUAUUAUUGUAUAGACUAAGCAGAUUGACUCUCCUUAACCCAUUGCUAAUGGAUUUAAGUUGUGGAGUUUUUUUGUUAAUUGUAAUUCGACAAUGGUAGAGAGAAAGAUAAGUUAUUAUGCUUGGCUUCAGGAAGAGAUUUUCUUUGGUAAUCCAUGAAGAUUGGCAUCAUAACUUAGCAACUGGUAUGGGAGGAAAAAAAAAACCUUAAAUGAGUGUUUUCCCUUUCUUUUGUAUUGUUAUGCAUUUAUGUUAUUAUGUAAUGUUUUUCCUAUCAGCAAUGUGCAAUUCUUUUAUUGAGAGAAAUAAAAAUAUUAUAUAUGA